GCUGAUUGUGCCAAAUCACGGUAUUUCCGUCUGAAAACGCUGCGUAAGAUAACACUUUGAAUUAAUACACGACUCAGCAUAGCGGUUUUCACGUUAUCCAAAAUCCCCCAAUAAAAAAGGCUGCAAUAAAAAGGCACUGUACAAAAAGUGAUGUAGAUAAAACUGGAUUUGGAUGAGAUCACACCGGUACAGACAAUGAGACAAAAACAAGCCCACAAACCUGUGUUCGUGUGAAGAAAGAAAGUCAAGAAAACUGUGGCAAACACAACAAUGAUGGUGAUGACAACAAGGCAUGCAAACAAGACUGAAGCCAUGGCUAUGUCUAUGUCAAUGGCUAUUCCGACCCUUCCAAACGAAGUCAUAGCAGAGAUACUUUCAAGACUGCCAGUUAAGUCUCUGGGCCAGUUCAGGUGCGUUUCAAAGCCAUGGCUUUCUCUUCUCUCUGACCCCCACUUCAUCAAAAUGCACCUUAAACAAAAACUGUCACACAAACUCUUUAUGUAUUUCAUGUUUUGGCUCAAAAUCCAAUCUUUGGACUAUGAAGCCUUAGUUAGUGGUGAUGAUGAUGAAAAGUCUGCUGUAAAGAAUCUUCAACUCCCAGUUGCAAUGGGUUCCUUGCGUGGGGUUAGGAUUCUUGGUUCUUGUAAUGGUUUGUUGUGUUUAGGCAUAGGUGACAAUGGCAUUAUCAUGUGGAACCCAUGUAUAGGAGAGUACAAGAGAUUACAAGAACCCAGUGGAUUAGGUUCCUAUGGUUUUGGUUAUGACUGUUGCAAUGAUGAUUACAAGUUAGUUAAAGUAAUUCCAAGAAAUGGAUCUGACGAGAUUAGUGUGGAUGUCUUUUCACUCAAAACCAAUUCUUGGAGGAGCGUUUGUUAUGGUGGUCAUAGUUUUGAUCUUCUUGAUGAUAGGGGGACCUUGUUAAAUGGGUCUGUUUAUUGGCAAGCAAAACGUGAAGAUACAAAAGAGACAAAAUUCAUUAUUGUUUCCUUUGAUUUGGUGAAGGAGAAAUUUCGUGAGUUGCCAAAACCUGAUAGCAAGUUUGCUGAAGGGCCUUUGUUGGGUGUUCUAGGAGAGUCUCUUUGUGCAUGUCGUUCUUUGUUUGGGAAGGAUGUUGAAGUAUGGACAAUGACGGAAGAGGGAGCUAAGGUGUCCUGGAUUAAAUUCGCCACUGUUUCGCUAGAGAUGGAGCCGGAAUAUAUUCGUGAAUAUUCGGUACCAUUAUGCUUUGCAAAGAAUGGUGAAGCGAUAAUGCUCAAAGGUGGAUUGCAAUUGGAUGCCUACAAUUUGAAGGAAAAUAAUUAUAGGAGGAUAUACAUUUCCCCUAUUGGUCAUUGUGAAUUUGAUGGGACUGUAUAUGUGGAAAGUUUAGUUUCACCAAAUGCUUAUGAUGGUGCUCAUUCGCAGUCUCCAAGAAUUGGGGAAAAUGCUCAAGAAAAGGUCGAGGAAUAGCAAGGUUGGAGAGGUUUGACCUAGGUUAGCGUUGUUGGCAAAAAAGAUGAUGACGAAGAAAGAUGAUGACGAAAAAUGCAAA